ACGUGCUGCAAGUCGGGUUCCACCUCAGUGGAACAGUAACGGAGCCAGCGACUGCUACAGAACCAGAGAUGACCUACAAGGUGGCCAUCAGCUUCGACCGCUGCAAAAUCACCUCCGUGACAUGCGGCUGUGGGAACAAGGACAUUUUUUACUGCGCUCACGUCGUGGCGCUUUCACUGUACAGGAUCCGCAAGCCAGACCAGGUCAAACUCCGUCUUCCCAUCUCAGAGACCCUUUUCCAGAUGAACAGGGACCAGCUCCAGAAGUUUGUUCAGUAUUUGAUCACAGCACACCACACUGAGGUGCUGCCCACCGCCCAAAAGUUGGCUGAUGAGAUCCUGUCAUCCAACUCUGAGAUCAACCAAGUGCACGGCGCUCCUGACCCCACUGCUGGGGCCAGCAUCGAUGACGAGAACUGCUGGCACUUGGACGAGGAGCAGGUCCGAGAGCAGGUGAAGCUGUUCCUAUCUCAGGGAGGGUACUACGGCUCGGGGAAGCAGCUCAACUCCAUGUUUGCCAAGGUCCGGGAGAUGCUGCGCAUGAGGGACUCCAACGGGGCCAGGAUGCUGACGUUGAUUACAGAGCAGUUCAUGGCUGAUCCUCGGCUCUCCCUCUGGAGGCAGCAGGGGACAGGCAUAACAGAGAAGUGCCGGCAGCUCUGGGAUGAGCUGGGGGCCCUGUGGGUGUGUGUGGUGUUAAACCCACACUGCAAGCUGGAAGAGAAAUCCUGCUGGCUCCGGCAGCUGCGCAAGUGGGGUGAGAUGGACGUCUGUCCCCUGGAAGAUGGCAAUUAUGGUAACGAGCUUCCCAACAUCACUAACGCGCUUACACAGAGCUCCGGUCACAGCCAAGACUCCCUGGCCAGGCCCAGACGGACGGUGUUCACGCGGGCCAUCGAGGGCUGUGACCUGCACUGGCAGGACAGCCACCUGCAGCGCAUCAUCAGCAGCGACUUCUACGUGUCCCCCUCCUACCAGCGGGAGGGGGAGAGCCUCCUCUUCAACUCCCAGGGACAGCCCCUGUGGCUGGAGCACGUCCCCACAGCCUGCGCUCGGGUGGAUGCGCUGCGCUCCCACGGCUACCCCAGAGAGGCUCUCCGACUCACUGUUGCCAUCAUCAACACCCUGCGACUGCAGCAGCAAAGGCAGCUGGAAAUAUACAAGCAUCAGAAAAAAGAACUGCUGCAGAGAGGAGCAACAACCAUCACCAACCUGGAGGGCUGGGUAGGCCACCCUCUGAACCCCAUCGGCUGCCUCUUUCUCACCCUGACCGAAGCUUGUAGAUUAGAAGAGGAAAAUUGCCUUGAAAUUUCAGACGCUGGGGACUCCAAACCACCAGUGUAUCAACAUGUGCCCGUUGUGACCGGCAGCCAGGACGGUGACGAGUCCUACCUGUCCCUGGCCUUAGAGGUGGCCCUGAUGGGGAUGGGUCAGCAGAGAGUGAUGCCCGAAGGUCUCUAUGCCCAGGACAAGGUGUGCCGCAAUGAGGAGCAGAUCAUUGCCCGCCUGCAGGACCUGGAGCUGGACCCGGUGCUGGUGCAGACCCUGAGGAAGCAGUGCAUCUUGCUGCUGGAAGGUGGUCCCUUCAGCAGCUUGGGAGAAGUCAUCCACCGGGAGAGCGUCCCCAUGCACACCUUUGCCAAAUACCUGUUCUCUGCCCUGCUGCCCCACGAUGCUGACCUGGCAUACAAGCUGGCUUUGCGGGCCAUGAGGUUGCCUGUCCUGGAGACCACGGCCCCAUCUGGCGAUGUGACCCACCCUCACCACCUGGUGUCGGUGGUGCCCAGCAGGUACCCGCGCUGGUUCACCCUGGGGCACCUGGAGUCACAGCAGUGCGAGCUCGCCUCCACCAUGCUCACGGCAGCCAAAGGGGACAUGCUGCGCCUACGCACGGUGCUGGAGGCCAUCCAGAAAAACAUCCACUCCUCCUCCUUGAUCUUCAAGCUGGCUCAGGAUGCAUUCAAGAUUGCUACGCCAGCUGACAGCAACUCUGACACAACCCUGCUCAAUGUGGCGCUGGAACUGGGGCUCCAGGUGAUGCGCAUGACGCUGUCCACGCUCAAUUGGCGGCGGCGGGAGAUGGUGAGGUGGCUGGUGACGUGCGCUACUGAAGUGGGAGUGAGGGCCCUGGUGAGCAUCUUGCAGAGCUGGUACUCACUGUUCACUCCCACGGAAGCCACCAGCAUUGUAGCGGCCACAGUGAUGUCCCACAACACCAUCCUGCGCCUGAGCCUGGACUACCCACAGCGGGAAGAGCUGGCCAGCUGUGCCCGCACCCUGGCCCUGCAGUGCGCCAUGAAGGACCCCCAGAACUGCGCCCUGUCUGCCCUGACCCUCUGCGAGAAGGACCACAUCGCCUUUGAGACCGCCUACCAGAUCGUCAUUGACGCCGCCUCCACCGGCAUGACCUACACCCAGCUCUUCACCAUUGCCCGCUACAUGGAGCACCGGGGCUACCCACUGCGAGCCUUCAAACUGGCCUCCUUGGCCAUGACACAUCUCAACCUGGCCUACAACCAGGACACGCACCCAGCCAUCAAUGAUGUGCUCUGGGCCUGCGCUUUGAGCCACUCUCUGGGCAAAAACGAGCUGGCAGCCAUCAUCCCGCUGGUGGUGAAGAGCGUGCACUGUGCCACGGUGCUCUCGGACAUCCUUCGGCGCUGCACCAUGACAGCGCCCGGGCUGGCCGGCAUCCCUGGGCGCAGGAACUCGGGGAAGCUGAUGUCCACUGACAAAGCCCCCCUGCGGCAGCUGCUGGACGCCACGAUAAGCGCCUACAUCAACACCACCCACUCCCGGCUCACCCACAUCAGCCCACGGCACUAUGGGGAGUUCAUCGAGUUCCUCAGCAAGGCCAGGGAGACCUUCCUCCUGGCACAGGACGGGCACAUACAGUUCGCCCAAUUCAUUGACAAUCUUAAACAAAUCUACAAAGGCAAGAAAAAACUGAUGCUGCUGGUGCGAGAACGGUUUGGGUGAGCCCCGGCUCCUGCCAUACUCACUGGCAGGGUCUGGCCGCAGCACGGGGACUAGGGAGAGAAGAAGGAAGGAAAGUGGAGAUCAGCUUCCCCCCAUCGGCAGAGGCUGCUCUGUUCUGGUCUUCUGUUUCUUUUUUUUUGUUUGUUUUCUUUCUUUUUUUUUUUUUCCUUUUAGUGUUACUCUUUCUUGGAUUUAACCAUUUUACACACUGAGAGGAUCCAGAGAUUCCUUGGGCACAAACCAAAAGGCAACCACGGGGAAAAAGGAUGGUUUACUCAGCCCCCUGCCCUCCCUUGCCAAUACCAAAAGCUAACCUGGAAAUCUAAUACCUCUUUCCUGAAGGAUGUGGUCGCUAGAGGGAUACGAAGGUUGCAAAGUGAAAAAUCUUUAAAAUUAUGUGGGGAAUUUAAUGAAACAAAACAAAACAAAAAAAAAA